UUUUAUACUGAAAAAUAAGACUUCAAUGUUUUUCGAAAAUGUGAGAAAAAUAAAUCGUUUUGACGAAUUGUGAGAAAUAAAAUACGUUAGAACUAUGGCAGCUGCUAAUGCCAAGGAAGGAGAGUACACAGUAACGGUUUACAGCUUGAUUAAGAGCCAGAAGUUUAAUGAAGCAAUACAAAUUCUAAGCACAGAACUUGAAAAUCAUCCAAAGUCUAGAGCUGCCCUCUCUUUGUUGGGAUAUUGUUAUUUUCAAGUGCAGAAUUUUGAAGCYGCAUCAGAUUGGCUUUAUACAAAGCAUUCUCAUACGCAGAUGCUACAAAAGCAACCUUUCAAGUAGAAAACCCUACUUACCAGUACAAGGUUUUAAAACUUCAAGCUGCCAUUAAAUAUGAAGAAGAAGACCUACAAGGAGCAAAGAGUAUGGUUGAACAAUGUUCUAAUGAGGAUCCUGACACAGAAGUUAACCUUGGUUGUUUGCUGUUUAAGGAAAAGCAAUACCAUGAAGCAUGUCAAAAAUUCCAGACAGCAAUGAAUAUCCUUGGUUAUCAGCCAGACUUGUCGYACAGUAUUGCAUUGUGCUAUUACCRCCUCAAGCAAUAUGCCCCAGCACUCAAACAUAUUGCAGAUAUCAUAGAGAAAGGAAUAAGGGAACAUCCAGAACUUAGUGUUGGUAUGACAACAGAGGGUAUAGAAGUACGCAGUGUUGGAAACACUAAGGUGUUACAACAGACAGCACUGAUAGAAGCAUUUAACUUGAAAGCUGCCAUAGAAUAUCAAUUGAAAAAUUUUGAGGCUGCACAAGAAGCUUUGACAGACAUGCCACCAAGAUCAGAGGARGAGCUAGAUCCUGUGACACUACACAAUCAAGCACUGAUGAACAUGGAGGCACAACCCACACAGGGAUUUGAAAAACUCCAGUUUCUUCUGCAGCAGAAUCCAUUUCCUCCAGAAACCUUUGGUAACCUACUGCUUCUGUAUGCAAAGUACCAGUAUUAUGACCUGGCUGCAGAUGUUCUUGCUGAGAAUGCUCAACUGACAUACAAAUAUCUACAACCUUACAUGUACGAUUUUCUGGAUGCUUUGAUAACCCAACAAACAUCUCCAGAAGAGGCUUACAGAAAAUUUGAUGACAUGGCAACGAAACAAACAGAAGCGCUAAGAAAACUCACCAAGCAGGUUCAAGAAGCCAGGCAGAACCAUGAUGAUGAAGCUGUUAAGAAAGCUGUUAAUGAAUAUGAUGAGGCUUUAGAAAGGUACAUACCAGUCCUCAUGGCCCAAGCCAAAAUAUACUGGGAACUAGAAAACUACAGUCAAGUUGAAAAGAUAUUCAGAAAGUCUGUGGAAUUCUGUAAUGAGCACAAAGUAUGGAAGCUCAAUGUUGCUCACGUUCUCUUUAUGCAGGAAAAUAAGUACAAAGAAGCAGUUGGUUUCUAUGAACCGAUAGUCAAGAAGCACUAUGAUAAUAUCUUAAGUGUGAGUGCUAUAGUCCUGGCUAAUCUGUGUGUCUCGUAUAUCAUGACAAGUGCUAAUGAAGAGGCUGAAGAACUUAUGAGAAAAAUCGAGAAAGAAGAGGAACAAGUGGCUUAUGAUGAACCUGAUAAAAAGAUAUUUCACUUGUGUAUAGUUAACCUUGUUAUUGGCUUGGAACAGACACUUGGUUUUACUCCAAAAGAUGUUUCCUCUCAUUGAUUGAAAACAUGGCUAAACACAUGAUAAUGUUGCGUGACAGCGUGGUGCAAGAAAUAAUCCAGUUUCUGGAGCACUGCGAAACAUAUGGAAAGAAUGUUCCUGCAGUAAUCGAACAGCCUCUAGAAGAAGAACGUCUUCAUCCUGGCAAGAACACCGUUACAUAUGAAGCACGGCUAUUAAAAAGUCUAUUUAUGAGACUAGUCUAGCGUAGACAACGAACUACUAGCCCCCUUCCACACUAAUGCAUUUUCGUUAUAAAAACGCAUACUUUUCGAUGCGUUUUGGCCUUGUUCCACACUAAAACGAUCGAAAACGCUGAUCAUUGUCAUCGAAAACGCCUACAUUUGAAAACUAUUCCCAGAGUAGAGACAACGAAAGCGCUAUGAAAACUGUAGUUUUUUUUGGUGCUGUGUUAAACCGCUAAACCACAGGUAGCUCAAGCUUGGUUUCUGUGGUGUCAUGUUAUAAGGAAAUGUAUGGGGAUUCAUCAAAAAUUUCAAUAAAAUCAUUGAAACGUGAAAUAAAACUCGAAAUUUUACCUGAUCAUUGAGAAAUAACACUUCAUUCGCUCUGUGUGGUUAUUUUUUAAAUUUAGCCCCUUUUAAGGAUUUUUCCCCCACCACAGAAACCAAGCUUGGGCUACCUGUGGCUAAAUUAAACUAAACUAAACUACAACUUCGUGUGUACACGAAGCUUGCGACGCAUUUUUGGCGAGACGAAGACGGAGCCGGCGUUUUCAAAACGCAUUAAUGUGGAAAGUGGCCAUACUGAACUUGUAAACCCUGAUAAGGUGUAGGCACGUUUUGAUAUCACUCGUUGGUACCGUACGUAAUUUAUGAUUAAUUUAUAUCUAUUACCGACUUAGAGUAUGAACAUAAGUUCACUGGCAUGUUGUAAGAAGCAGCCUGCUAUUUAUUUUAGUUAAGGGCCUGGGCCCAGUUGCAUAAAGAGCAUCCGUAAGUAUUGUUCCAAAACAAUAGGCCAUUGUCCUAAGACAAUACUUACAAGCGUUUUUAAGCUUUUUUAUCUUAAGAGAGCUUUAUGCAACUAGGCCCAGGACACACCUUGUAAUUAUAGAACGUAUAAACUUAUUGUCCCCAUUACAGCAUUGAUAGUGAUGUUACAGACGAACGUGUACAGUUGCAGAGUGUGUCAGUCUGUCACAGGGGUAUUUCCUAUUGCAUACCUGAGAUGUAUGGUGUACCCAGAAAAAACRAUAUUUUACCAAUAUAAGUCUAGCAUGUAUAUUGUAAGGUUUUGUGGAAACCUGGUCUUGUCGGGUUAUUAAUCAGACUCUUUUCUCUUUUUUUACUGGUAUGUAAAAUUUCAAGAUAUUUGUAAAUAAAUUGGUAUCCGCCACGUGCCUUA